AUGCGCAUCGACCCCACCAGAGCCCAAGCUCUCAUAUCCCAGCUCAACGCCGUCAAGCAAACCAUUGCAGCAGCGGCUCACGGAAGACCAGUCCGCCUCGUCGCCGUCUCCAAACUAAAGCCAGCAAACGACAUCCUCGCCCUCCACAACCCCCCCUCAUCCCACACCCACUUUGGCGAAAACUACGCUCAGGAGCUCUCCCAAAAGGCAGCGCUUCUCCCGUCCUCCAUCAACUGGCACUUCAUCGGCGGCCUGCAGUCCACCCACUGCAAGCACCUCGCCCGCAUCCCCAACCUCUUCUGCGUCUCCAGCGUCGACUCGUCCAAAAAGGCACACCUGCUCAGCAACGCCCGCGUCGCCGCCAUCGCCGCCAAUCCGGAAAUCGCCAAGCUCGGCGUCCACGUCCAGGUCAACACCUCGGGCGAGGAGGCCAAGAGCGGCUGCGAGCCGGGCCAGGAGACGGUCGACCUGUGUCGCGAGAUUGUCGAAAAGUGCCCUGGCUUGAAGUUCCUGGGGCUCAUGACCAUUGGCGCCAUUGCGAGGAGCAAGGCCACCACGCCGGAGAAUCAGAAUGAGGACUUUGAGACGCUGAGGCAGCAGCGGGAUUUGGUGGCCAAGGAGCUUGGCCUGGAUCCUGGUGAGCUGGAGCUGAGCAUGGGCAUGAGCGAGGACUUUGAGGGCGCGAUUGCGCAGGGGAGUACUGAGGUGAGGGUGGGAAGCACGAUUUUCGGGCAGAGGCCGGCCAAGGCGGAUGCCAAGAUUAAGGAGUAG